AUGCCCAUCACUCAACCUAUACGCCCCCUCCUCCCCCUCCCUCCCGGCCCCCUCAACUUCCCCAUCGUCGGCGCACUCCCCUUCAUCGGCCCCAUGCCCCACUCCGGCCUCGCCCUCCUCUCUCGCCGCUACGGCCCCAUCAUGUUCCUCAAAAUGGGCAUCCGCCAAGUGGUCGUCGCCUCCUCCUCCGCCGCCGCACGCUCCUUUCUCAAAACUCACGACUCCCGCUUCUCCGACCGUCCUCUCGACAUCAUCUCCAAGCAAGUCAGCUACAACGGCCAGAACAUGGUCUUCGCCGACUACGGUCCUAAGUGGAAGCUCCUCCGCAAAGUCUCCAACCUCCAUCUCUUCGGCCCCAAGGCCAUGUCCCGUUGGGCCAACGUGCGGCGGGACGAAGCUUUCUCCAUGUCCCACUUCCUGAAGAAACAGAGCGAUUCCAAAAACCCUGUUUUCCUUUCCAACUUGCUGGUUUGUUCAAUGGCGAAUGUGAUUGGGAGGAUUGCGAUGAGCAAGAGGGUGUUCGAUGAGGAGGGGAAGGAGGCGAAGGAGUUUAAGGAGAUAAUUAAGGAGCUUUUGGUCGGGCAGGGGGCUUCGAAUAUUGGGGAUUUGGUGCCGGCAAUGAGGUGGCUGGAUCCGCAGGGGGCGAGGAAGAAGCUGCUGGGAUUGAAUCAGAGGUUUGUUAGGAUGAUAAGUAAGUUCUUGGCGGAGCACGGUGAGAGUAGAGGGGAGCGGGAGGGGAACCCUGAUCUGCUUGAUCUUAUUGUGGCUGAUAAGAUCGCCGGCGACGACGGGGAAGGGCUUUCUGAGGAGAACAUCAAGGGCUUCAUAUCUGAUCUAUUCGUGGCGGGCACAGACACAUCCGCUAUAGUCAUCGAGUGGGCGAUGGCUGAGAUGCUAAAAAAUCCGGCGAUCCUCCGCCGAGCACAGGAAGAAACCGACCGCAUCGUUGGCCGCGAUCGCCUUCUGGAAGAAUCCGACAUACCAAAUCUCCCUUACCUCCAAGCCAUAUGCAAGGAAGCUCUGCGCAAGCAUCCCCCAACUCCUCUCAGCAUACCUCACUACGCUGGCGAGCCCUGCGAGGUAGAAGGUUACCACAUUCCCGGCAAGACCUGGCUUUUGGUCAACAUAUGGGCCAUCGGGCGAGACCCGGAGGUGUGGGAGAAGCCAUUGGAGUUCGAUCCGGAGAGGUUUAUGGAAGGGAAGAUGGCGAGGAUUGAUCCGAUGGGGAACGAUUUUGAGCUGAUACCGUUCGGCGCCGGGAGGAGGAUUUGCGCGGGGAAGUUGAUGGGGAUGGUUAUGGUGCAGUACUUUUUGGGAGUGUUGGUGCAGGGUUUUGACUGGAGUUUGCCUGAAGGGGUGGUGGAGCUGGACAUGGAGGAGGGGCCGGGAUUGGUGUUGCCGAAGGCGGUGCCGCUGUUGGUGACGGCGAGGCCGCGGCUGCCGGCGGC